UGGGAGUUAACUCUAAAGUGUGGCACAUAGUUAUUGAUUUUUCGUAUAGAGAAAAAUCACGAAUGUGCUACGAACAGACAAAAUUUCAUAUUUCCAAUCCAGACGUUGGCAGAAAGACAAAGAACAGACAGUGCACUUAAAUUGUUAACGUGCUUUCUGUGACAAUUUUUUUGGGGUUAACAGCAACUAACGGUUAAUUGCUACUUUUACUAGCGGCAUACAAAAUCCAGUCUCUUUAAAAAUUGCUUAAGAAAGCCUUUAUAAUUCUUUAUUUGAUCAUUUUGUGUUAAAUCGAAGCGAGAAACCGCGCGAAAGAAAAUGGGCAAGGAAAAGACUCAUAUUAAUAUCGUAGUCAUUGGCCAUGUCGAUUCGGGUAAAUCGACCACUACCGGUCAUUUGAUUUACAAGUGUGGCGGUAUCGACAAGCGUACAAUUGAGAAAUUCGAAAAGGAAGCCCAAGAAAUGGGUAAGGGUUCCUUCAAGUACGCCUGGGUCUUGGACAAACUAAAAGCCGAACGUGAACGUGGUAUUACUAUUGAUAUUGCUUUGUGGAAAUUCGAGACUGCUAAAUACUAUGUAACCAUUAUUGAUGCUCCCGGACAUCGUGAUUUCAUUAAGAACAUGAUUACCGGCACCUCACAGGCUGAUUGUGCUGUAUUGAUUGUGGCUGCUGGUACUGGUGAAUUUGAAGCCGGCAUUUCGAAGAACGGUCAGACUCGUGAGCAUGCUCUCUUGGCCUUUACUUUGGGUGUCAAACAAUUGAUUGUCGGUGUCAAUAAGAUGGAUUCCACCGAACCACCCUAUAGUGAAGCUCGCUAUGAGGAAAUCAAAAAGGAGGUAUCAUCAUACAUCAAGAAAAUUGGCUACAAUCCUGCUGGUGUUGCAUUUGUACCCAUUUCCGGCUGGCAUGGUGAUAAUAUGUUGGAACCAUCCGACAAAAUGCCUUGGUUCAAAGGAUGGACUGUUGAGCGUAAAGAUGCUAAAGUUGAAGGCAAGACUUUAAUUGAUGCUUUGGAUGCUAUUAUGCCACCUUCACGUCCCACCGACAAGCCAUUGCGUUUGCCUUUGCAGGAUGUAUAUAAAAUUGGUGGUAUUGGCACAGUACCCGUGGGUCGUGUCGAAACUGGCAUUUUGAAACCAGGUAUGGUGGUAAACUUUGCUCCCGUCAACUUGGUAACUGAAGUCAAGUCGGUUGAAAUGCAUCAUGAAGCAUUGUCUGAAGCUUUGCCCGGUGAUAAUGUUGGUUUUAACGUUAAAAACGUUUCGGUUAAGGAAUUGCGUCGUGGUUAUGUUGCCGGUGAUACCAAGAAUUGCCCACCUAAGGGUGCUGCUGAUUUUACCGCUCAGGUAAUUGUCCUUAAUCAUCCUGGACAAAUUGCUAAUGGCUAUACGCCCGUCUUGGAUUGUCAUACUGCUCAUAUUGCUUGCAAAUUUGCCGAAAUCAAAGAGAAAUGUGAUCGUCGUACCGGCAAGACAACUGAAACUGAUCCAAAAGCUAUAAAAUCGGGCGAUGCUGCCAUUAUAAUGCUCGUACCCACAAAACCAUUGUGUGUGGAAAGUUUCCAAGAAUUUCCACCACUGGGACGUUUUGCUGUACGUGAUAUGAGGCAAACUGUUGCUGUGGGUGUCAUUAAGUCGGUAACCUUUAAAGAGACGACUUCGGGUAAAGUCACAAAAGCCGCUGAGAAGGCCCAAAAGAAGAAAUAACUAGGGAGCAGCCAGAAGAAUACAAUACAAACACAACAAUUCGAAGACCAACAACAGCAGGAACAGCAAAAGCAACAACAACAGCAAUCAGAGAAUAUGUUGGCAAUUGAAAAUUCAUUUAUUAAGCAUAAAUAUAAAAGUAAUAAUAGUAAUAUACUAAAAAUUAUUAUCACAAUUAGAAAUUAUAAUAUUAAUAAUUAUAAUAACAAUAAUAAUAACAUACAUGAACAUGAUACUCUAAUACAACAACCACAAAAACAACAGCAACAUGAAGAAAAAUCACAAAAAACUAUUGAUGUAAAACCAAAGAAUAAAAUUAUUAUUAUUAUUAUUAAUAAUAAUAAUGAAAACAACUCCUUCAAUACACCAUUAAAUAACAUACAUGAACAUCCAUUUAGAAGCAUAGAAAAGACAUCUUCAAUACUAAUAACUCCUCCUUUAACAUUUAACAUUAACAACAACAACAAUCAACAAACAUUUUUAUUAUCAUCAUCAUCGUCAUCAUUCCUUAAGCCUUGUCCCAACACCAAGACAUUUUUACCAUUCUUCUCAUCAUCAUCAUCGUCAUUCUCAUCCAACAUCAUGGUUAAACGUGAAAAAUUUACAAAUUUGGAAAGCAUUUUAAUACAAUUUUUUAUGGAAUUUUUCCUAAUUUACUAUAAUUAUUUGUAUCAAAAUUUACACAGACAUCGUAAAUCAUUUCGCAGGAAAUCUGUCUCAUCAUCAACAACUCCAUCAACUACAUUCUUUAAAUACAACAACAACAACAACAAGAUCAUUAAGGACGUUAUGCCAAUAUUUCAUUCGAACUAUUGUAAUACUCCAGUAAUUAUUAAACCCUUUGAAAUGUUAUAAUUAUGACAUCCAAAUAUUCAUUACUGUCAUCAUAAUCAUCAUUUCAUUAAAUGUCAUUAUCAUUAUAAUUCAUUUGAAAUAAUUGAGGUGUCAUAGCACUUGGUUAUCAUUUGCCAGUAAAGUUCAGUUUGAAUCUGAACUUUGUAUGAUUCUAAACUUUUCAUGUCAACUGUCAACAUUAAUGAAGUUCUUUAUGCACUGAGUAAUUUUGAUAUCUUUAUCAACCAUUUGCUCUGACACUAGUUAUCAUCACAACAACAUUUACACAAACUCAUCCAGUCAUAAUUUGUUUUUUUUUUCGUUUUUACCAUAAAUAGAUUUCAAAAAUCAAUGAAAUUGUUUUGUUAAUUUCAAGUUUAUGUAUUUUUAAGUUAAUUUUUUAUUACAACCUGUAGUUUUAAUUGAGAUUUGAUCUGAACAAAAAACUAAAUGUUUCUUAAAGAAAAUUUCCCAUUUACGCAAGGAAAUAAAAUUAAAUGUGUGCAUUUUCCCUGUGGUUGAUUUAAUUAAAUCGAAAAAAUAUUAAUAAAAUACAAAAAAAAAAAAAACAUAAAUCCUUCCAAUAAUUUUGGUUACUAUCAAACUACUAAUUUAUGUCAAACAUAAAAUAUCACCAAACAAAACUUUUAAUUUAACUCCACAUCAUACCAAACAAAAAAAAAAAAAAACAAAACUAACUUUCCAACAUCCUG